UCUACUUACCUAUUUACAGAAGGAUUAAAACAAAAAAUACAUUUGAUACAGAAUUUCUGCUUUUAAAUUCAGUGAAAAUAUGUGAAUUUAACAAAUACUUUAUUCAUUUUUCUCAGUCUAUAUACAUUUGUAUGUAAACUAAAUAACCUUUGUUUAAGGAAAAUCAUGUGAAAUAUGAUUCUGAACUAGUAAUUUAUACAAAGCUCGAUUGUGCUACACAAGUACAGCUACAGUCGUGUAAAGUAUAAGUGAUAUAAAAAAGAUAAGUACAUAAUAUCUUAAAUGAGAAAUAGUGUGAAAAUGAUUAAAAUGAUGUUGUUUUAUUGGUUAACAAGCUGUGUGUUGAUUAUAGUCGGAGCAGAUGACACAAGUAAUGUCACGACAGAGAGUGGAGCUUCUACGGAUCUCAACAACAGUCAGUUAAAAGACGCCCCGCUGCUUCUCCUUGCUCAGAGGAAUGGUGUAGUUCUUGUGGAUGGAGACACUUUUCAGAACAUAACCUUCGCCACCACCGCCGCUGGGGUCGACUACCAUUAUCGAAAGAAUCUGUUGUUCUGGUCCGAUGAUUAUUAUACUUAUAAGGUAUACGUUCAGCUAUUAAACGAGUCGACAAUCAUCAGAAACCUUACAGUUUCUGGCGGGUGGGGGCCAGUCGCCCUAGCGGUGGACUGGGUUGGAGACAAACUAUAUGUUGUUGACCAGCUCGGAAAUAAGGUUCAUGUCUUUGAGUUAGAUGGAAGCUGGCAGAACGUUAUCUUGGACACUAACUUGACGAAUCCUACCGAUAUCGCCUUGGAUCCACUACGAGGGCUUAUGUUUGUGGCGGAUGAUAAAAAGAUAAUUCGAGCAAAUAUGGAUGGCACAGAUGUGAAAACAAUAGUUUCAGAAUUUAGUGCAGGCUACCAUUUGUUUGGUGUCGCCGUAGACACGCAGAAGAAAAGGCUAUAUUACUGUAUUGCAGCACUGGAUUUUAUUGAAAGCGUCGAUUAUAAUGGCGAGAAUAAACUUCCAAUUGUUAAAGUCGAAUCAAAUUUGUAUUAUCCAGUUAGAUUAGCCACUUAUAAAAAUAAAGUAUUCUGGUCUGAUAGUCUCAAUCAAACGGUUUUUUCAGUAGAUGAAUACGAAGGAUCUGCCAGUAUACGAGAUGUUUAUAAAACAGAUGCCAAUAAAGAAUACCUACAACCUAAAAGUUUAGCAAUUUUGCAUCCCCUUAAACAAACCUCAGUCGACAAUCCAUGUGGAAAUGAUAAUGGUGGGUGCUCACAAAUGUGCAUCGUAACAAAUUUGCCCAGCGAGGAAAUAGGUUUUAGCUGCGUAUGUCACGCGGGCUAUAUCUUGAAUUAUGACUUAAAAUCGUGUAUGCCAGCGAAAGAAUUUCUCGUAUACACUCGUAAGACAAUUGUUCAGGGUAAAGUUAUCGAUCCAUCAAUCAAGGACACACAUGACACUCUAUAUGUAGAUGUUUCCGAUAACACCAGAUUUGUUGGACUGGACUUUGAUUCGCGGAAUGGUCAGAUUUAUUAUUCAGAUAUUAUCGAUGACGUUAUGUACAGUAUAAAUAAAAAUGGGACGGACAAGGAAAAGGUAUCAGACCUACAAAAUGUGGGAGAAGGGUUGGCUUUCGACUGGAUGUCGCAGAACUUAUACUACACAACUGCAUAUAAUGGGUCUGUGAAUGUUUUGUGUACGCUAAACGGAGCACAUAAGAGCAAUCUUAUUAGUGGUCUAGCCAAACCUAGGGCGAUAGUAGUUUACCCAAGAAAAGGUUUAAUUUUCAUAUCUGAUUGGGGCCCGGAUAGGGCAAAAGUUAUUAGAGCAAAUUCAGAUGGCAAUGGCAUGUUUAUAUUCAAAAAUAUAAAAUUUGUGUGGCCGAACGGUCUAUCUAUAGAUUUCGAAGAGGAUAGGUUAUACUGGGCCGAUGGAGAAUUAAAACACAUCCAACACUCCACAUUAGACGGAAAAGAUGUGAAAACUAUAAAUUCUGAUUACAUAAAGCAUCCUUUCUCAAUUGUAGUACACAAGCAAUACCUUUAUUUUACCGAUUGGAAACAGAAUGCUAUUAUCCGAUUGCAUAAACUCAAUGGUAAAGAAGAGGAAGUAAUAAGUAAAGUUCCAAGCAAUGAUAGAUCUUAUGGCAUUAAAUAUUACAGCGAAGAUGAUCAGCGAAUGGUUUCAAACCAUCCGUGUUAUGGGAACUAUAACAAAUGUCAAAAAUUAUGUUUUGCGAUCGAAAAUAAUAAUACUCAAGAGUUGUUUGCGAGAUGUGCGUGUCCGGACAAAGAAGUACUUGAUAUAGAUGGCUACAGAUGUGUGUUGAAAGAUUUAGUACAAACAAAUAAGUGAGGCCUGUGUGAAUAAAAUAUGACAUUUUCAAUAAUUUGUUUUUUAUAAGAGAUAGCUAAUAGAGAUAGGAUGAUAUUUCACGUGCGUCUUGUUUCAAAGCAUACAUAACUACUUAUUUAUAUUGACACAAAGUUAAUUUAAGAUACACAAUUUAUUCGUUACACAAAAAACUAUUUCCCGCUUGUAUGGUUAGUGCUGAAGGAAAUUAUCUGCAAUGUCUGUCUUAAUAAAUUAUUAUUGUUUGGGAAAUGAGAAUGAACUGAAAUAGCGAUGUUGACAUAAGAAUGUACUUACUAUUUUUCAUUUCAAAAGUAGUUAAGAAUUGUAAUGUUUAUUUGACUACUUGUAAAUUAUAACUGUUACUAUUUUGGUGAUGGCUUAAGAUUAAAUUAUGUAUGGAAUU